AUGUCUCAUCAUAUAAAGAAAACCAGUAAUAGAAAGCAUAGAACCAGUUGCUUUCUGGGUUGUUUUGGAUUUUCAGUUAAGGAUGAUGAGGAGAAAAAGAUAUCUGGCGGAGUCGGUGGCGGCGGUGGUGGAAAGGACAAAUACGGUGGCCAAAGAAUUUCCCGGUAUUGGUUCAGAAGAAUGAAAAAAUCGUCUGCUAAAACUGUUCCGGUUAACGUCGUCUCCAAAUUUGCCCCAAAGUUGACGUCAAGCAAGGAAAUUCAUGUUCUUAACGAAGAUAUGAAUUUGUAUGCUACAAGUGAUCAGCUUCCGGCUGCCGCCAGCGGCGGCGGUAGUAAUCUCAACAUGGUUAUGGCAGCAGAAUCUGAUCAAGUUGGCCUCCACAAAUCUAGUGAGGCCACGGCAAACAAUAAUGAAGAGCACAUCAUCCUUGAAAAAAUGAAAAGUUUGGGUGCAGAAAAUGGAACACUUAGGUACCAUGUUAGCCGGUCAAAAGCAAGUAAGCAACUUUCGACAUCAGUGGCUCGACAGGGAAUUUGCGACCGUGGAUCAAAUGAAAAUAAUGCAAAAUUUGGGUCACUCGUUGGGAUAUCAAUUCUAGUGGUAAUACUUGGAAUUAUGUUAAUUUGGGGCAAAUCAUGUGCCAUUCUUUGCACGGCCAUAUGCUUCUAUAUCAUCACUAGUUUUCGAACACAACGAAGAAAUGAAUCGGACGUGAAAAAGGAUUCAUCAAAGGAGUUUGAUGAAUCAAAUUUCAAAGAGUAUAAGAAGAAAGUAGUGUUACAGGGAUUUCUCGAGCGAUCAAAUAAACGUAAGUAA